AUGACCACCCCAUCCAAAGAACGGCCAAUCGUCCUCCUCGGCGCAGGGGUGUUAGGCCGCCGCAUCGCCGCCGUUUUCCUCGCUGGCGGGUAUAAUGUGCACAUCCGGGAUCCCAGCAAACAAGCUCUAUCCGACGCGGAAUCCUUCAUCCACACCCAACUACCCUCGUUCACAGCUGUCCUUUCGCAGCAAGGAAAGAUAUCGCCAGGUUCGCUGAGGAUAUUCACGGAGAUUGCACCCGCAGUGAAGAAUGCCUGGCUCGUGGUGGAGGCCGUACCGGAGAAGCUGGAGUUGAAGCAGGCGACGUUCGCUGAGGUGGUUGCAUCUGCACCAGCGGAUUGCAUCCUGGCAUCGAAUAGUAGCUCGUUCAAGUCGAGGUUAAUGGUGGAGGGAUUGGACAAGAAGAGGAGGGAGAUGACGUUGAAUAUGCAUUUUACUAUGCCGCCGGCGAUUCGGACGGUUGAGUUGAUGACGGAUGGUGAGACGAAGCAGGAAUUAUUUGGAAUAUUGAGUGAGGUGUUGAGAGUGUGUGGAAUGGUGCCUGUUACGGCUAGGAAGGAGUCUACUGGGUUCAUCUUCAACCGUCUUUGGGCUGCUGUGAAACGUGAGAUCCUCACUAUUCUCGCUGAGGAUGUUAGUACACCCGAAGAGAUUGACCUCCUGUGGGAGAAUAUGUUCCAAUUGCCCACGAGUAAGCCACCAUGUCGGUUGAUGGACCAGAUUGGGCUGGAUACGGUUGCCUUUAUCGAAGACAACUACAUCCAGGAACGAGGUCUGGAGGGCAAACAAACCGUCGAUUGGCUGCGUGAAAACUACAUCCAACAAGGAAAAUUAGGUCUCAAGAGCGAGAAUGGCGGGUUAUACCCGGCGGCCAAGAAGGACAACACAGCGGACGAAACGAUUUACCUGCUAGACGUCGGCUUGGGCGCCAACAACCCUGACAUUAGCGCCAUCCCAACCGCUGGCCGGAUCCUCAAGUUUACACCAUCCUCCAACUCCGUCGAAGCGCUAGUCAGCGGCCAAUCCCUGCCGGACGGUAUCGACAUCUCGCAGCGCACAUCGCGCAUAUUCUGGACAAACAUGGGCCGCGCCACCUCUACGCAUGACGGCUCGGUACAUUCUGCCAAUCUUGACGGCUCUGGCGUCCAAACCAUUGUCCCCUUUGGUGCCGUGCAUACUCCCAAGCAGUUGGUCGUCGAUGAUGCCAAUCAACAUGUAUACUUCUGUGAUCGCGAGGGCAUGGGUGUGCACCGGUGCAACUACGACGGAAGCGACCACUGCAUCCUCGUGCAGACGGGAUCGACGUCAGACCCCGCCGAGAGGGAUGACAUGACCCGGUGGUGCGUGGGUAUCACCGUCGACCCGGCCUGCGGAUACAUCUACUGGACGCAAAAGGGCCCCAGCAAAUCCGGAAAGGGCCGGAUCUUCCGCGCAAAAAUGGAGAUCCCCUGUGGCCAGACGGCGGCAAAUCGAUCUGAUAUUGAGCUGCUUCUGGAUAAUUUGCCUGAGCCUAUUGAUCUUGAGCUGGAUCGAGAGAAUCAGGUGCUGUACUGGACUGAUCGGGGCGAGCAUCCGACCGGAUGUUCGUUGAAUAGCAUUAGUGUUGCCGGCAAUAAGGUCCGUCCGGAGAAUAAGAAUAUUCUGGCGCGUCAAUUCCAUGAGCCUAUCGGAUUGAAAUUGAAUGCGAAGAAGGAGGUUAUCGUGGCCGAUUUGGGAGGAAGUGUAUACCGUGUUGGCCGGGGAAAGACCGUCAUUAUGCAGGACCAAGGAAGUUAUACUGGUGUUAGUCUCUACUCAUAG